AAAGAGAGAGAAAAGACACAGCGCGAGUGCGAGGGAGCGACUCGUGGAGCCUAUUUUUCUGUGAUGUGCAGUGUGGCAAGAUAUGGCGGGAUCUCGCUGGAAGCUCUGGAAAUGGUGGAUCGAAGCUAUUAGAAACCCUAGAUUCUUAAGAAGCUGUAUAGUUUUCGUCUCUAAAAGAUCAAGGAUUCCAUCAUUUUAGUUUUCCUGGGAUUCCACUUUCGGAAAGAGAUGGCGGAAGUGCCUAUAUUGUUUUAUAUAGUCGUUGUGGACGACGGAGAUAGGAGAGAUGGGAAUGACUCCUUCCGAUACACUCGAUCGGUGCUGCAGAGCACCCUGCAGCUCAUGGGAUGCAAAGCGCGCCAUGCAUUCAAGAUCAGCCGAAGGGUUUUUGAAGUGAUGAGAAAUGAAUCCUCAGCUGAUGCUUUGCCUCAUGUGUGGGUGGGAAAUUCAGGAUUGGAUGCUUUGGAAGAACACCAUGACAAAGAAAAGAAUUGUUCUGCGUGUGGUUGCUUGGGUAAAGGAGAGGUUUGCGACCAUUCGGUUUCCGAGAAAGACGAGAGAAGUAAGACUAAACCAUUUGAGUUAUACAAAAGGCGCACAACUGUUGUUGUUAAGAGAAAGGCAUUCCUGGAUGGUGUUUGUGAUGUUCUUGCAGAAUACAAGUAUGUUGGUCCCAAUCAGAGGGCUGACUUGGCUUUGGCAUGCAGAAUCCGAGAAAGGAAGGAAUCUAUGACCGUGCUGUUAUGCGGGACAAGUGGGUGUGGCAAAUCUACCUUGUCUGCGUUGCUGGGUAGCAGAUUGGGCAUCACAACUGUGAUUUCUACCGACUCCAUUCGACACAUGAUGAGGAGCUUUGUGGAUGAAAAGCAGAACCCUCUACUCUGGGCAUCAACUUAUCAUGCUGGUGAGUUUUUGGAUCCGGUGGCAGUUGCAAAAGCAAAAGCCAAAAGGAGAGCAAAGAAAUCAGCACACAUUUCCUACUCUCUGCCCAAGGAUGAGGCCUCUGAUGGAGCUGUAAAUAAAAAUCCAGAUUCUGGACCAACAGAUGCUUGUUCUAGUACCACUGAACUGAUUAGUCCAAAACAGAUGGCCAUUGAAGGAUUUAAAGCACAGAGUGAAAUGGUCAUUGACAGUCUUGAUCGGCUGAUUACUGCAUGGGAAGAGCGGAAAGAAUCAGUAGUUGUUGAGGGUGUCCACUUAAGCCUCAACUUUGUGAUGGGGCUAAUGAAGAAACAUCCUUCGAUCAUACCUUUCAUGAUUUACAUCACAAAUGAAGAGAAACACUUGGAACGGUUUGCUGUUCGUGCGAAAUACAUGACCCUAGAUCCCGCAAAAAACAAAUAUGUGAAAUAUAUUCGCAACAUAAGAACGAUUCAAGACUAUCUGUGUAAUCGCGCUGAUAAGCAUCUAGUACCCAAAAUAAACAACACAAACGUUGAUAGGAGUGUGGCAGCAAUCCAUGCCACAGUGUUCAGCUGCCUUCAUAGACGUGAGGCAGGGGAGCAGUUGUAUGACCCCAUCACUAACACAGUUGCGGUGAUUGAUGAGGAGUACCGGAGACAAAAUGCUGCCAACUCACUGAGCUCUAAAGGGAUGUUCCAAUUGAUCCAGAGAAAAGGAUCUUCUAGACAUCUAAUGGCUCUUCUCAAUACGGAUGGUUCUGUGGCUAAGGCUUGGCCAGUUGGCUCUAUUGGUAAUAAUGGAAACCCCAUCUCAUACUAUGGGAGUGAGAAAGGCAUGGGAAUUCCAAUGUAUGGUCCCUUGCAGAUUGGCAAGGCAGAACCGGUUAACCUUCAGUUUGGUAACUUUGGGAUCAGUGCAUGGCGCAGUGAUACAGGUGGGACAAGUCAUACUGGAAGUAUUGAUGAGUCGAGGGCCGAUGGAACUGAAACUGGGAGCAGAUAUUACUCUUCCUGUUGUAGCUCACCAAGGAUGUCUGAUGGACCUGCCAAGGAGCUUAAAGAGGAACAGUCGGUUUCUGGUACUGAUGAAGAAGCUGAUGAACCACCUGAGGUGGACAGUGACGAGGAUCUUAGUGAUGUAGGUGAAAAGCAGAUCCAUGAAGAGAUGGAGGGCUCAGUCGAUGAGGAGUCGACAAAAUCUGAUGAGGAAUAUGAUGAUCUAGCUAUGCAGGAUGGGCAGGAGACUGGGUAUUGGUCUGAUGAUGAUGAAGAAUCUAAGACAAAGCGAGUGCCUAUAUCUGGUGAUCAUGAUACUAACAGUGUUGAAAGCCUGAAAGGGGAUAAGUACCAAGAGAAUUUGGAUCUCUUUAUGAGAACAAGCAACGAGCCUUUGUCUGAGCCAUUGUGCUCAUAUUCAGCACUCCUCAUGGAGAAGAAUCAGAAGAGAAUGCCAGCAGGGGACAAUGUGAGGAUGAGAAAACGUUCUCUCAGCAUUCCGGCAUUUGGGAAGCAUGGGUCAUUUCUCAAUGGGCUCAUCCUUUCUGGAGCACCUCGGAGGUAACAAAUUUUCAUCUCCGCAGGUUUUUGUGAAGGCUCUUGUUGGAG